CUUGGUGCGUACCCGCCGUGUUACGUAUCUUGGUACUAACCGGAAGUUUACGGCAGUGUGUUUGACGAGGAAAGCGAUUAACGUUGGUUGUUGAAUAUAUUGUCUUGUACCUUUUUACACAAGGCGAUACAUAUCCGGACGGCGCGAUGAUUAUCCCUGUGCGCUGCUUCACUUGUGGAAAAAUCGUGGGAAACAAAUGGGAGGCUUAUCUUGGCUUAUUACAGGCCGAGUACACCGAAGGUGACGCCCUGGAUGCCCUGGGCUUAAAGAGGUACUGCUGUCGCAGGAUGCUGCUGUCACAUGUGGACCUCAUUGAGAAACUGCUCAACUAUGCCCCCUUGGAGAAGUGAGGAACCCUGGGGGCCUCCUGGUGUCCUUAGGGGCGUCACGCCCAUUAGUGCACCAUGGGACACCUGCUGUAAAUGUAAUCCUGCUUCCCAUUUAUCUGUACAGUUUGUAAUGAUUAAAUAAGGUUUUCAGAAAUGUGUCUUUCAAACGUUUUGUAGAACUUACUGUAAAAGGCAGCUUUUUGUGGGUGUGAUGAAAUGUAGUGUUAAGUAAAGCCAGUUUCUAAAUGUGGGGGGGGGAGGAGUGGCAUCACCCAGUGUAAUGAAGUUAAAGUAUGAUGGGGAGUGUUUGCGGCUAGUCCGGAUGUGGCGCUGCUGCAGUGGACGGGGAUGUGGCGCUGCUGCAGUGGACGGGGAUGUGGCGCUGCUGCAGUGGACG